AUGGUUCUGCCAUCUGGCUUUAACCAGUCAGAUAGUCUUGAUUCGCAGCUGACGCUCUUCGUAGUCCAGAAUCCGUACUGGAACUUCCUCGUAGGUUGGGUACAUAUCUUCUCAGCAUGGACACAUGGAAAACAUUGUGAAUGCCUACCAGAGACGAUGGUAGCGCCAGACGUUGCACUCAAGAUGGACGCCGGAAUCGUGAGCUUGAAGGCCAACGAUGCAUGGCUGAGCCAUGCAAGAAGAUCAGCUCUCUGUGCUUCUUCAACAAGGAAGCAGCUCCGGAGCCAAAAAUUUCCCUUCAAAAACAGCAAUACUCUCCGCUGCAAGAUAGCAGGUUUCGAAUCUUCUGUAGCAUCCUCUCCUCCUGCAGAAAUCGACCACCAAUUUCAAAAAAUAUCCGAGGUUCUUCUCUCACCCAACGUGCCUGAUCCCAAGAACGUCGCGGCCUUCAUUCUAGGCGGAGGCACCGGUGCUCAACUUUUCCCUCUCACCAAAACAAGAGCAGUGCCUGCUGUUCCCAUCGCCGGAUGCUACAAGAUCGUUGAUGUCCCAAUGAGCAACUGCAUCAACAGCGGCAUCAACAAAAUAUACAUCUUGACGCAGUUCAAUUCCACCUCAUUGAAUCGCCACAUCUCUCGAACCUUUGGUGAUGUCGCCAACUUUGGCGGUGGAUUCGCAGAGGUUUUGGCGGCUACACAAUCUCCCGGCGAAACCGGUAUGAAUUGGUUCCAGGGCACAGCUGAUGCCAUUAGGCAAUUUGCUUGGGUGUUUGAUGACAGGAGGAACCAACACAUUGAGCAUGUACUAAUUCUGUCUGGCGACCAAUUAUACCGCAUGAACUACAUGGAAUUGAUCGAGAAACAUGUCGAAACUGGUGCCGAUAUAACUAUUUCUUGCAUUCCUGUUGAUGCAAGCCGGGCAUCUGACUAUGGACUCGUGAGAGUUGAUAAGAAUGGUCGGAUUACCGAAUUUCAAGAGAAACCGAGGGGUGAUGAUUUGGAAGCCAUGAAGGAUGAUGGCUCCUUUCUCAGAUUGUCUCAUCAAGAUACAAACAAGUACCCCUAUAUCGCAUCCAUGGGAAUUUAUGUCUUCAACCGAAAGGCACUUCAAAGACAAUUCAUGAUGAGAGAUGGGAGAGCAAAUGACUUCGGACAGCACAUCCUGCCUUUCGCCGUGAACUACUUCAAUGUUCAGGCAUACAUGUUCCAUGACUAUUGGGAGGAUAUUGGAACAUUACAAGCAUUCUACAACGCAAAUUUGGCACUCACAGAACAGCCUCCGAAGUUCCAAUUCUACGAUCAAAGAAAACCUAUGUACACAUCUCCUAGGUACCUACCGCCAACUAAAAUCGACAAAAGCAAGAUGCGCAGUUCGAUCAUUUCUCACGGAUGCUUCUUGUACAAGUGUGACAUUGAACGAUCGAUCAUCGGAGUACGAUCACGUAUCAGUGCUGGAGCCGAAAUAAAGAACACUUUGAUGUUUGGCGCGAAUACUUAUGAGACCGAUGAACAAAUUGCCUCCCUAUUGGAAAAGGGUAUGGUUCCUAUUGGAGUGGGGCAAAACACAAAAAUCAGGAAUUGUAUCAUCGACACAAAUGCUAGGAUAGGCCAGAAUGUGGUCAUUGCUAACAAAGAUGGCGUCGAAGAGGUUGAUCGAUCCAGCGAAGGCUUCUACAUAAGAUCUGGAAUCACAAUCAUUUUGAGAAAUGCUACUAUCAAAGAUGGAACUGUGAUCUAG